CUGCUGGACUGCAGCCGCCGGCGCCUGGCGCGCCUUCCCGAGCCGCUGCCUUCCUGGGUCGCUCGGCUGGACCUGAGUCACAACCAAUUAUCUUUCAUCAAGGCAAGUUCUGUGAGCCAACUUCAACGUCUUAGAGAAGUGAAACUAAACAACAAUGAAUUGGAAACCAUUCCGAAUCUUGGCCCAGUCUCAGUGAAUAUUACGCUUCUAUCCUUGGCUGGCAACAGGAUUGCUGAGAUACUACCAGAACAUCUAAAACAGUUUCAAUCCCUUGAAACUUUGGAUCUGAGCAACAAUAACAUUUCAGAAUUUAAAACCGCAUUUCCACCCCUUCAACUCAAAUAUCUGUAUAUCAACAACAACAGAGUCACAUCCAUGGACCCUGGGUACUUUGACAACUUGGCCAAUACUCUCCUGGUGUUGAAGCUGAACAGGAACCGGAUCUCAGCCAUCCCACCCAAAAUGUUCAAGCUGUCCCAGCUGCAGCACCUCGAACUGAACAGAAACAAGAUUAGAAAUGUCGAUGGACUCACCUUCCAAGGGCUUGGUGCUCUGAAGUCUCUGAAGAUGCAAAAAAAUGGGGUAACAAAGCUGAUGGAUGGAGCUUUUUGGGGACUGAACAACAUGGAAAUCUUGCAGCUGGACCAUAACAACCUCACGGAGAUUACCAAGGGCUGGCUGUACGGCUUGCUGAUGCUGCAGGAGCUCCACCUCAGCCAGAAUUCCAUCCACAGGAUCAGUCCCGACGCCUGGGAGUUCUGCCAGAAACUCAGCGAGCUGGACCUAACUUUCAACCAGUUAUCGAGGUUAGAUGAUUCAAGCUUCCUUGGCCUGAGCUUCCUAAACACACUGCACAUCGGGAACAACAAAGUCAGCUACAUUGCUGAUUGUGCCUUCCGGGGGCUUUCCAGUUUAAAGACUUUGGAUCUGAAAAAUAAUGAAAUCUCAUGGACUAUUGAAGACAUGAAUGGUGCUUUCUCUGGGCUUGACAAACUGAGACGGCUAACACUCCAGGGAAACCGGAUUCGAUCUAUUACCAAAAAAGCCUUCACUGGCUUGGAUGCUUUAGAACAUCUAGACCUAAGUGACAAUGCUAUUAUGUCUUUACAAGGGAAUGCAUUCUCACAAAUGAAGAAGCUCCAACAGCUGCAUUUAAAUACAUCAAGCCUUUUGUGCGAUUGCCAACUGAAGUGGCUCCCGCAGUGGGUGGCGGAGAACAACUUUCAGGGCUUUGUGAAUGCCAGUUGUGCCCAUCCUCAGCUGCUAAAAGGAAGAAGUAUUUUUGCCAUCAGCCCAGAUGGCUUUGUGUGUGAUGAUUUUCCCAAACCCCAGAUCACGGUUCAGCCAGAAACACAGUCAGCAAUAAAAGGCUCCAAUUUGAGUUUUAUCUGCUCAGCUGCCAGCAGCAGUGAUUCCCCAAUGACUUUUGCUUGGAAAAAAGACAAUGAGCUCCUGCAUGAUGCUGAAAUGGAAAAUUACGCACACCUCCGGGCCCAGGGCGGCGAGGUGAUGGAGUACACCACCAUUCUGCGGCUGCACAAUGUGGAAUUUGCUAGUGAAGGGAAAUACCAGUGUGUCAUCUCCAAUCACUUUGGUUCAUCCUACUCGGUCAAAGCCAAGCUCACAGUUAAUAUGCUUCCCUCAUUCACCAAGACCCCAAUGGACCUGACCAUUCGCGCUGGGGCCAUGGCGCGCUUGGAGUGCGCUGCCACAGGACACCCAGCCCCGCAGAUAGCCUGGCAAAAGGAUGGGGGUACAGACUUCCCAGCCGCAAGGGAGAGACGUAUGCACGUGAUGCCUGAGGAUGACGUGUUCUUCAUUGUGGACGUGAAGAUAGAAGACAUUGGAGUCUACAGCUGCACAGCUCAGAACAGUGCAGGAAGCAUUUCUGCAAAUGCGACUCUGACUGUGCUAGAAACCCCAUCCUUCUUGCGGCCUCUGUUAGACCGAACUGUUACCAAGGGAGAAACAGCCGUCCUACAGUGCAUUGCUGGAGGGAGCCCUCCCCCGAGGCUGAACUGGACCAAGGACGACAGCCCUUUGGUGGUGACUGAAAGGCACUUCUUUGCAGCUGGCAAUCAGCUGCUGAUCAUCGUGGACUCGGAUGUCAGUGACGCUGGGAAAUACACAUGUGAAAUGUCCAACACUCUCGGCACAGAGAGAGGCAAUGUGCGCCUCAGUGUGAUCCCCACUCCUACCUGCGACUCUCCCCAAAUGACUGCCCCAUCAUUAGAUGAUGACGGCUGGGCCACUGUGGGAGUCGUGAUCAUAGCCGUGGUGUGCUGUGUGGUGGGCACGUCGCUCGUGUGGGUGGUCAUCAUAUACCACACAAGGCGGAGGAAUGAGGAUUGCAGCAUUACCAACACAGAUGAAACCAACUUGCCAGCGGAUAUCCCUAGUUAUCUGUCAUCUCAGGGGACAUUAGCUGACAGGCAGGAUGGGUAUGUCUCCUCAGAAAGUGGAAGCCACCACCAGUUCGUCACUGCUUCGGGAGGCGGGUUUUUCCUGCCACAACAUGAAAGUACUGGAGCCUGCAAUAUUGACAACAGCAGUGAAGCCGAUGUGGAAGCUGCCACAGAUCCAUUCCUCUGUCCCUUUUUGGGUUCCUCAGGCCCUGUGUAUUUGAAGGGGGGCGUGUAUGGCCCCGAUCCCUUUGAAGCCUAUCAUACAGGUUGCAGCACUGACCCAAGGACAGCGUUAGUGGAUCACUAUGAGCCCAAUUACGUAAAGAAAAAGGGUUGCUACCCACGUUCGCACCCCACAGAGGAGUCCUGUGAGCGGAGCCUCAGUGGCCUGGGGUGGCCUGCCCAUGUGAAGAAGCUCGGGAGCUCCAGUUACUGUCCAAACGAAGGACCUCUGACGAAAAAUCUGUAUCUAAAUAAGAACUCUUCCGAUUUUAGUUCAGGUCUGGAACCAGCACCAGUUACUUCAACUAACCCUUUCAUGGGGACAUUUGGAAAGCCUCUGAGAAGAUCUCACUUAGACGCCUUUACAAGCUUUGGACAACUGUCAGAUUGUCAGCCGAGAGCCUUUCCCUUAAAAACUCCUUCUUCCCUGGACGACUUGGACUCUGAUUCAGAAGAUGAGAGAGAAAGGACAGAUUUUCAGGAAGAAAAGCAUACACGUACCUAUAAACAGACUUUAGAAAACUAUAGGACUCCAAAUUUUCAGUCUCAUGACUUGGACACAUAGACCGAAGGAGACCAAAGAAAACUUUUAACAUACUACCUCAAGUGGACUUUUAUUUAAAAGAGAAAGAAUCUUAUGUUUUUAAAUGGAGCUAUGAAUUUUAAAAGGAUAAAAUGUCUUAUUUAUACAGAUGAACCCAAAUUACAAAAAGCUAUAAAAAUUUUAUACUGGGAGUAACUUUCAUAUAAAAAUACCUUUUAAAGUAUUUUAUAACUUUGUUUUAUGCAAAAAAAAAUCUUAUGUAAAUUAAUGGCAUAAAUUCAUGACAAUUUUAUGUAUUUUUAUAAUACCAGAUUUCUUUUUAUUGAAAAUAAGUACUAAAACCUUUUAAAUAAUACUUGUCUUGUACCUUUUUUGAAUAGAGGUUACUUAUUUUUAUUUUGCACAUUACAUUUAAUAAAAUGUGUCAUUUU